GCCGCUUGGGUCAGUGGUCCUGCGGGAGGCGGAGCCGGGAGCGUCACGUGACAGAACUGGCACGGACGACGGCGUCACGUGACCACGCUGGGUCCUGCGGGGGCCCUGUAAGACUGCUCCGUCCUGUCGUUCGCUGCACUCGGAGUUGCGGGCUUUGGAGUCUACUGUCCACUGCCGAGAAGACUCUUAGUUUUAAAAGGGAGACAGCUGUGUCAAAAAUUAGAAUGAAAGAACCUUUGGAUGGUGGGUGUGGCAAAGCAGUGGCACCGCAAGGGCUUCUGGCCGGAAUUAAAGAAGAACCUGAUAAUGCUCAAGAGUAUGGAUCUCAAGAAAGUGAACUGAAAAUCAGUGCUGUGUUUUCAGUUAGUGACCCUUCUCUUGGCUUUCAGCCUUCUCCUCUACCACUGGACCCAAAUACGUCACUUCCUUCAAUUCCAUCUGUAGCUGUUGAGGUUGUUUGUUCUGGUUGUAAGAAAAUAUUUUAUAAGGGACAAACUGCAUAUCACAAGACAGGAUCUGCUCAGCCCUUCUGUUCCCUGGAAUGCGUCAGUAGAUGUUCUGUACCCAUCUGCCUACCACCUCCUCCGAAGAAAACCUGCACAAACUGCGCCAAAGACAUUUUAAAUCCAACAGAUGCGAUCACAACUCAGUUUGAAAAUUCCUCUCCCAGCAACGAUUUCUGCAGCCAGUCAUGCUUGUCUUCUUAUGAGUUAAAGAAGCCUGCUGUUACGAAGUACACCAGUGACCUGUCGGCUGAAUGCAGUACAUGUCAGAAAAAUGCUGAUAAUUCAGCACAGCCAGCUCCCUGUGCCCCGGGGAAAUCGUUGAGGCCCUCAACUGAGAUGAUUGAGACUAUAGAUGACUCAGGAAAAGCAGAGCUUUUCUGCUCUGCUAACUGUUUAUCUGCUUCCAGAGUUAAGACUGUUCUGUCCUCAGGUCUCCAGGUUUUGUGUCAUAGUUGUAAAACCUCAACAAACCCUCAGUAUCACCUAGUCAUGUCAAAUGGAACUAUUUAUAGCUUCUGUAGCUCCAACUGUGUGGUGGCUUUCCAGAAUGUAUUAAACAAGCCAGAGGGAACAAAGUCUUCAUCAGCACCCUCAUCUCAGGGCCAAGAGCUUACGACCCCACCCUUGGAGUCCACGGUAUCAACAGAAGGUGACAAGGCCUUUGGUGCCCCACACUCUUCCUUCAGCAGCCCCAUUAGUGGACCUGCCGCAGCUGCUCUGGAGACACUUGCUGAGCAAUCUCAGCAGAUUGCCUUAACCCAUACAUUCAUGAAGCUCAAGUGUCAGCAGUGUAACCACCUGUUUAUCACCAAACCAGAGCUGCUUUUCUACAAGGGUAGGAUGUUUCUGUUUUGUGGCAAGACUUGCUCUGAUCAGUACAAAAAGGAAAAUAAAGUUAUGGCAUUGUGUGACUACUGUAAGCUGCAGAAAAUCAUAAAGGAGACUGUGCGAUUUUCAGGAGUAGACAAGCCAUUCUGUAGUGAAGUUUGCAAGUUCCUCUCUGCUCGAGACUUUGGAGAAAGAUGGGGAAACUACUGUAAGAUGUGCAGUUACUGUUCACAGACAUCUGCAAAUUUUGUAGAAAAUCGUUUGGAGGGCAAGCUAGAAGUGUUUUGUUGUGAAGAUUGCAUGUCCAAAUUUACAGUUCUGUUUUAUCAGAUGGCCAAGUGUGAUGGUUGCAAACGGCAGGGUAAGCUAAGUGAGUCCUUAAAAUGGCGAGGGGACAUCAAGCAUUUCUGUAACCUGUUUUGUGUCUUGAAGUUUUGCCAUCAAUAUAGUACGAAUGACCCAUUUCCACCAAAGAAAGUAUUUGUGCUCCCAAAGCCAGCACCAGUAAUUAUUCCUAAGGCACAAGCUGCUUUGAUGGCACUCCCUUCUCCAAGGGUAGUUACAACACCGGUUAUAACCAAUGUGAUGUCAUUGGCCAAAGUACCUGCUGCCCAGCCCAUAGGGAACACUUACAACGUUUUAACAGAUGCAGCUCCUAAAGAGGCAGCAAACAUCAUUGAAACUGGGAGUACACAGGCAGCUGCCACAAAACGUCCAUCUUCUCAAGCUCCUGAAGAACAAAGACCUAUUCCCAAGCUCCUGAAGAACAAAGGCCUAUUGUGCAAGCCAGUCACGCAGACCAAGGCCACCUCUUGCAAACCACAUACACGGCACAUUGGAUGUCAGACAGAUCUGCCUGAUGGAGAAAUCGAUACAGAACUGGACUCUCCACCUGCCAAGAGAAAAAGAAUAGGUCUUUUCCAGGCUUACGAUACAGAAUAUUUAAAAUUUGGUUUUGUUACCUGCACUGGAUCAAAAGAAAGUUCACGAAGGCCACAGUGUGUCAUUUGUGGAGAGAUCUUACCCAGUGAAAGCACCAAGCCAGGAAAUCUUUCUCAUCAUUUGAAGACAAAACAUUCAGAAUUAGCAAAUAAGCCAGUAGAUUUUUUUGAACAAAAAUCUCUUGAAAUGGAAUGUCAAAACAGUUCUUUAAAGAAGUGUUCACUGGUUGAAAAGUCACUUGUGAAAGCUUCCUAUUCAGUUGCUUUCCAAACUGCUGCCAGGAAGAAUCCGUUCUCAACUGCUGAAGAGUUAAUUAAACCGUAUUUAGUAGAAGCGUGUUCAGAAGUUUGGGGUUCAGGUGCUGGAGACAAAAUGAAAACCAUCCCACUUUCUAAUCAUGCAGUCAGAUACAGGAUUGAUGAACUGUCUGCGGACAUUGAAGAGCAGCUAAUUGAGAAGAUCAGGGAGUCCAAGUGGUUUGCCCUUCAGCUAGAUGAGUCAUCAGAGGUGGCAGACAGCACCCUUCUCUUGUGCUAUAUUCGUUUCAUUGAUUAUUAUUGCAGUGAUAUAAAAGAAGAAUUAUUAUUUUGUACCGAAAUGCCUUCUCAAGUCACCGAUGUUGAAAUAUUUGAACUGAUAAAUAAGUAUAUUGAAAGUAAAUCUCUAAAUUGGGGCCACUGUGUUGGUUUCUGUACAGAUGGGUUUGCAAGCCUGACAGGCAGGAGUUCUCGUUUAAAGUCAAAAAUUCAAGAAAUUGCCAAGCAUACUGUGACGUUUACACAUUGCUUCAUUCACCGAGAACACUUAGCAGCUGAGAUGCUGUCUCCGUGCUUACACGAAAUUCUUUUGCAGUCAGCACAAAUUUUAAGUUUUGUAAAGAACAAUGCAUUGGAUUCACGGAUGUUAACAAUUUUGUGUGAAGAGAUGGGAGCCGAGCAUGUGAAUUUACCACUUAAUGCUGAAGUACGUUGCCUGUCAAGAGGGAGAAUUUUAACAAGAGUAUUUGAACUUCGGCAUGAAAUUGAAAUAUUUUUAAAUCAAAAGCAUUCAGAUUUGGCUAGGUAUUUUCAUGAUGAGGAAUGGGUUGCAAAGCUAGCUUAUUUAGCAGACAUAUUUUCACUUAUAAAUAAAUUAAAUUCAAGUCUCCAAGGAACCAUGACCACUAUAUUCAGUCUGUAUAAUAAAAUUGAUAUGUUUAAGAAAAAGUUGAAAAUGUGGUUGAAGCGCACACAGGAGGAUGAUUAUGACAUGUUCCCUUCAUUUUCUGAGUUCUCAGAUGCAUCAGACUUAAAUGUGAGAAAAAUCACAAGCAUUAUCUUUGAGCACCUGGAAGGACUUUCUCAAAUAGUCCACAACUGUUACCCACCAAAAGAUGACCUGCGUUCAGGAAAUUUGUGGAUAAUUGAUCCCUUUGCCAAACAUCAAAAUAACAAUCUCACUGUCUCGGAAGAAGAAAAACUAGCAGAGUUAUCUUCAGAUACAGGAUUACAGUCAGCAUUUAAAUCAAUGUCUGUAACUCAGUUUUGGAUAAAUGCAAAGACAAGUUACCCAGACCUGCAUGGAAAGGCAAUGAAAUUUUUACUGCCCUUUUCAACUGUCUAUUUAUGCGAUGCUACCUUUUCAGCUUUGACUGCAUCAAAACAAAGAAACCAGUUGAUUUGGGGCCCUGCCCUAAGACUUGCAGUCACAUCAUUAGUUCCAAGGAUGGAAAAGUUAGUGAAGGAGAAAGAAUAGUAUUGUGCAUAUUGCUCAUCAGAGUCUAUAGU